AGAUGGACGUGGGAGGUCCACUUCGUCGUCAGACUCGUCUGCGAGAUCGAGUCGUGCCCGUGAAUCGUGCCGAAAUGGGGCUAACAACGCAGAGGCCGAGAAUGACAUCAAGCAAGCGGGUAAAAAAGCAUCGGCGGUCGAUAGUACUAUGCGUUGCGGUCUGCCUGAGCCCGAAGUAACGGUAGUAACUGGCAUAGAAGAUAGGCUGCCGCAGUUUUUCACCACCUCUUCUACAACAUCAAGCCUAGAAAGCUUUACAUGGACAGCGCUGGCUCUCUGCCACACGUGUCGGCGGACUGGUGGUCAAAAUGGUGUCCUUUCUUCAGCAAGUCCCGAGGAAAUUGCACUCGUGAACGCCAGUAGUGACUACGGCGCUAUACACUACGCGGAGUUUCUAGAGGCUGAACAAGCUUUCGUACUCCAGAGGCAAAACGGCGACGAGGAGGACUGUCGUGUAGAAGUGCCACUGCUUGGAAUUUGCGACUUUUCCUCAGAGCGGAAGCGCAUGAGCGUCAUCGUUCGCUGUCCCCAAAGUAAACGACUAGUGCUCUUCUCCAAGGGUGCUGACAGCGUCAUGCUGGAUUUGGCUAGAGCAUCAUGUGAAGCGGUGUCGACGGACAACGACGAACAGAGAAUAGCGGAUUCUGUUCUUGAUUUCAGCCGCGUCGGGCUUCGGACGCUGGUGCUUGGCUACAAGCUCCUGACGGAAGAGGAAUUUCGCGAUUGGAAACGAAAGAAAGACAUAGAGAUGGCCACAAAUUCCAAUUAUAGGAGGAACUCGGAGAAAAACGACGACGAUACGACUUUUAAAGUAUCUACUGGGAAAAUGAAGCCAGAGGCGAGCGCCCUGACUGAAGAUGAUGAAAAGGAACUGAUGUUGAAAAGCGACAGCACUUCCGGCAAUAGUUCUUGUUCUGCUGCAGACGCACAGCUCGAACGGGGUUUGCAUCUUCUCGGCUGCGUCGCGAUCGAAGACGCAUUGGCUGUUGGUGUGCCUGAAACCAUUGCCGCGUUGUAUCGUGCCAAGAUACCUGUUUGGGUCUGCACAGGCGAUAAAACAGAGACAGCGGUGGCUGUCGCUCGUAGUUGCGGCAUUGUCGAAGCUGAUUGGGAAGGGGUUUUUCUGACCAGUGGGGCGGAUAUAGAAAGCGAUACAUGCAAUACGGUAGUAUCAAAGGAUCGUAAUGAUCCUGAUCGAGACCGUUUUGCUGUGAUAACCGGAGACCUUUUUGCGGACAUAAUCGCAGGAAGAGUAGAACGCCG